UGUUGCUCACAAGACGCUGAUCACAAGACGCUGAUUCUGUAUUUGGUGUUUUUUUUUUAAUAUAGGAAGUCCUCUGCCGUUUCUUUUAAAUUUUACACUUAAUAUUGACGGGUUUGAGAAGUUUGAACAUGGUGGAAUGCGAACAACUAUUUGAUCGCCAACGUGUUACAGGACAGCUGUCGCAUGAGUAGUGAGGAGGACCAUGGACAGUGGACUGGGCCUGGGUGAUGAGGAAGGGGAUGUGGGGAGCCUGUGGGCUACUCUGGCCUGGCUGGCUUCCUGUGUGAUGGUGGUUGGAGGUGCUCUGCCGUACGUGCCCCAGUACCUGCAGAUACUCCGGACCAAGAACACAGGCGGGUUCUCCACACGCAUCUGCCUCGUUCUGAUGGUUGCCAACAUCCUCCGCAUACUCUUCUGGUUUGGGAAACGGUUUGAGGUGACCCUGCUCCUGCAGGCUGUGGUGAUGAUUGUUGCCAUGCUGUUGAUGCUCGACCUCUGCUGCUCUGUCCAGAACAGCGACCGCAUCAGCACCAAACAGCAUCACAUCACAGAUCUGGACCCUCGGUUCUUCUGGAGCUGGGAUGGAUUUGAGGACUACCUCAUCUUCCUGCUUGCCUUCACGCUUCCCUGCGCCUUUGUCACCCUCCUCCUGCUGGACUCCUCACUGUUUGUGGAGGCCCUGGGCUUCCUGUCUUUGCUGGCUGAGGCCAUGCUGGGGCUACCGCAGCUCCUCCAGAACCAACACAACCACUCCACCACCGGCAUGAGUGUGAAGAUGGUUCUGCUGUGGAUGACUGGGGAUGGCUUCAAGACGGCCUACUUUGCCCUCAACAAGAGCCCACUUCAAUUCCUUUUGUGUGGGUUGGCUCAGGUGCUGGUAGACCUGACUAUCCUCUAUCAAGUGUGUCUCUACAGAAAAGACCCCUGUGACAAGCUUUCCUAGCCUGGAGUUGAAGGCCUUUCACCAAUGACAAAAAAGUACAAAAUAAUUUGACACAUUUUUGGGAAAUAUUCAACCAGACUUUUAUGCUAUUGAAAGUCACAACAGAAUUUGAAUACUGUUUAGUGUCUUUCAAUUACUUUAUUGUUAGAAAACACACUAAAUAAAUUGAUUCAGUAUAAUUUCAAAAUACUAAAAUAGCCAAAUAUUCAUAUUUUAGUUUUUAUAAAUAAUCAAAUCCACACUGAAUGCAGGUCUGUAGUCAACACAACACAUUGUUUAUGCCAGUAUUGUCAACAUAAGAGCCUCUAAUAGGAGUUCAUGUGGUAUGAAAUCAUUUCAGUAUUUAUUUAAGAUGAUUAUGAAUGUAGUUUUGCAAUUAUUAUCUGGAGAAUUUGUUUUAAUUUAUGUGCAUUUAUAUUUGAGGACAUUUGAACUUGUAUUUAUUGGUUGUAUUUAUUUGAUUGACUGUUCGUUUUCUUCACAUCUUCUAAGAUGAUAAACACAAUUUAUGUUUGAAAGUACUCAUAAAAUAAAAAGCAUUGUGAGCUUUUAUGUUAUUUCAAUGUUUAAUUUCCUAAUUUUGUCUAUGCCUCAAUUUUAGAUGUCGUUGAGUAAACCGAUCAUCAAUUUAGUGCU